UACUCGAAGUUGUGAUAUUCGGUGUUUGUGAUAUUUUUAUUUAUCUCCUGUAGGAGUUACAAACAGACUGAGCCUCUGGGCUUAUGUUUAUUUCUAGUAUAAUGAAUAUUAAUUGUGUCAGUGCUCGUUUAAGCGUAAAAUAGAGCAUACCCAUUGCGUUUAAUAUGUUGAACGUACACAAACUAUGGAUGUUUUCGGGUCUCUGUGUUAUUGUAAUUAUAAUUUUGUACUUUCAAUCGGAAAUAGCUCGUUUAGAGGACAAUUACCGAAAGCUAGAAUACAGACUCGCUCAAACACACUCGGAGUCUCGUCAGUUUUUCCCGAAAUCAUUGGCAAAAGGUGACGAUGAUUUGGUGGUCAUAUACAAUAGAGUACCGAAGACAGGCUCGACCAGUUUCGUCGGCAUAGCUUAUGACUUGUGCAAGAAAAAUCAUUUUAAAGUGCUGCACAUCAAUAUCACUGCUAAUAUGCACGUGAUGUCACUGAACAAUCAGUAUAAAUUCGCGCAGAAUGUGACGCGGUGGCAAGAUGUGAAGCCAGCAUUGUACCAUGGUCACAUGGCAUUCCUUAAUUUUGAAAGGUUAGGAACAUCCUCUAAGCCAAUAUUUGUUAAUUUAAUCAGAAAACCACUGGACAGAUUGGUCUCCUAUUACUACUUUUUAAGAAAUGGAGACAAUUUUAGACCACAUUUGGUGAGAAAAAAACAUGGAGAUAAGAUGACAUUCGAUGAGUGUGUAGAGAGAAGCCAGCCAGACUGCGAUCCCACGAAUAUGUGGUUGCAAGUACCAUUUUUCUGUGGACAUUCCGCACAGUGCUGGAAACCUGGAAGCCUCUGGGCACUAGAGCAAGCGAAACGAAAUCUAGUCGACCAUUACCUGCUGGUUGGUGUUACGGAGGAGAUGCUGGAUUUCAUCACAGUACUGGAAUCCACAUUGCCACGCCUCUUCAAAGGAGCCACCGAGCACUACCUGAACAGCAACAAGUCCCAUCUCAGGCAGACCAGCUCGAAGAUAGAGCCGAGCCAAGCUACCAUAGACAAAAUACAAGAGUCUACAGUGUGGAAGAUGGAAAAUGAACUUUACGAGUUCGCAUUAGAGCACUUUAAGUUUGUCAAAAAGAAAUUGCUGUCGAGAGAGAAUAACGGAGUUGCACAAACAUAUUUCUAUGAAAAGAUUCGGCCUAAAUGAGACUGUGUUACCAGGUACUAUGGUUUAUUUUCUGUCGUUAAAAUGUUGUUGGACGUGCUGUCGUAGCCUUUGUUGGACUUUUAUACUCUAAUCAUUCCAUUAGGAAGUUGUUUUAUGUAUGACUGAUAUGAUAGGUAUAUAGAUAUGAGUAUUUUAUGGUUUUACGUUUAAAAACAUAAUAAUACACCCAUCAUUUGGGAAUUUAAAACAUUACAUUUAAAAAUCUUACUAAACUUCUAACUAGUGUUGCCUAAUAAUUGUUUGGUAUCAAUUAUUAAUCAAUAAUUCGAUUAGAACCAUAGAAAAUCUGACAAUCGAUAAUUUAAUAUAAUCGAUUAAUCGAUACGAAUAAUAUUGAAUCUAUCUAUCUAUCCUAUUUAAGAGCUGCGCUCUUGUCGGUGGAGCUCUUGCCAGUCACUACGAUUUUCAGCGAGUCUCUUCACCUCUUGAUACGACACGACACCAACUACUUCCUUGAUCUGCCUGAUGUAACUAUGUCUCAGUUUCCCUCUUCCCCUCUUUCCUUCUAUCUUACCUUCUAUUAAAAUGUUAAUAAAUUCGUCAUGUCGUAUCAAGUGUCCCAACAUUUUUCCCCUUCUGUCCUCAAUAGUUCUAAUAAUUUGUCUUUUAUCCUUAACCCUAAGCAGGACCUCCUCAUUGCUAAUUCGAUCCCUCUAGCUAAUUUUCUCCAUCCUUCUCCAGCACCACAUUUCAAAGGCUCUAAGUUUAUCCAUUUCCUUCUGAGUUAAUGUCCACGUCAAUACAUGACAAUGGUGAUAAUUAGUUUAUUUUGGAUGAACAAUGUCGAUUAAUUGAUAGUCGAUUAUUAGGCAACACUACCAAUUGAUAAUCGAUUAUUAAACAACACUAACAAAACCAACUAUUUCGACAGUGACUCGAUUUAUUUGAUUUCGAAUCUGUAUCAUGUCAUCUGGGCGUUUCAAAUUAUAAUCGAUUGUAACUCGGUAUCAAUCUUUGUAAUCGAGUUAUCAGUUAAAAUUUUCAAUUCAAUAUUUAUACUCGUAAUACCGUUAAAUACAUAUAUACCGUUAAAUAUAUAUUGUAUCAUUUAUUAUUGCUAUAUUAGUAGAUAAUCUGUUUAUAUUUGCUUUAGUUUACACUAAAAAUGGACUAAAUAGAUGUAGUUCCUGUUGGCACUAAUAGUUUUAAAUUCUAAUUGUAUUAUCGUAAUAAUGAUAUUUCAGACAGCUCUGUAAUGUUAUUACUGGCUUUUAAUUUAUUUCGUAUAGUAAAAUAUCAUUUGAAACAAUUGUAAAUUGUAAUUGUAAAUUUACUAUUUAACAAUUUCUUAGCAUGGUGUCAUGGAAAAAAAUUUAUUUAAAUAAUUUGUGAAUUAUUACAUUCAAUCUAUCAUAGAUGAGGACUGUUACGUAUUUUCUUGAGUCCCCCACUUGAAUUUCAAUUUAAUAUUUAAAGACGAGUACUUAAUGUGAAUACUUUAUUUUUCAAAGAAUGACUCAACACAAAAGCAAAGCGUGAGACGAUCGAUAUCAUAAACAAAUGUCAAAAAUGACAAUACAGAGAUUGUUUACGAAACGCGUGAACGUUCGUAAACGAUCCUUUCUAAACUAAUUAUAAUUUACGACAAGGACACGUCCAGUAUUUGUUUUUAGACAAGGUUUUUUUUUUAUGUGGCAAAGAAACAAAGGUGGCAAAGAAACAUAGACCGUCUGAUGGUAAACAGUCUCUGUAGCCUAAUAUCAGGUUGACACGUGCGCGUUAUGUCCCUGUAGGAAUCCUAAUAUGCUUUUUUUGGAAAUCCACAUACCAGACUCGAAAAAUCUCAAAUACCUUCUCCUUUUUCCUUUUUGUAAAACUUUAUGGCACUUGUAUUUUUUAGAGUAAUUUCACCCUACUAAAUACGUUUCUGCUCAGUGCCAUUAUCUACAUAUUGCGUUUCUUGGGACAUUUAUAGCAAAAAAUGUCCUCAUCCAUAUUGCCCAUAUUAGUCGGAUAUCUAUUUUUGAAUAUGUUAAAAGUCUUUUAUCCGAUAUUGUUUUUUGGAUAAUAGAUUUUUAAUAUAUUCGUUAUUGGACCAGUAUAUAGAUAUUGUAACUAAGAUAUAUAGAUAUGGCUAUAUAUUGGGUAAUAUAUCCUUACUUUCUAUUUAAGUUUUUGUAAUAUUUUUAAUUUUUUUUUUUUUUAUACAACUUAGAAUGGCAAACAGGCUGACGGCCCACCUGAUGUAAAAGGGGUAGCCGUCGCCUAUAGACAUGAGCAGUACCAUGGACAUAACAGAGUAUACUGUUUCGCCCAUGAUACCCCCCAUGCGUUGCCAUUCCUGAGGACUCAGGUGUUAUUCCUCUGUACUCUGUAAAUUCAUACCAUAUCCCACCCUUCAAACCGAAACACAGCCAUGCAAACACAACUGCUUCACGGUUGAAACACGAAUGGGACAGAGGUACCGCUUGGGUACCUCUGUCCCAUUCCCAUUCUGUCAAAUCGACUUUUGUACAAAGUCUCCCUCUGGUAAACUUAGUUUUGAUUUUUCCAUUACACCAUGCUAUGUUGCAAGUACGAAAAAUUAUGUUUCAAGCUUUAAUCCAUUGUUAGAGAAAUAUUUAGAACUUAAGUGAUAUAGGAUAUCAGGUUAUUAUGGCUUUAAAAUCAUAUGAUAUUAUUCUAUAUUCUAGCGUUAUGUUAUUUUCUAAUCACGUGACUAUUAGAAAUGAUUGUAAUAAGUCGAGUUAUGGCUUAAUUAUAUCUGUUAAUUGAAGAAUCUGUGACCUAUAAUACAAUAUUAAAAAAAAAAAUCUUUAUUACGAACUAUAAUAUAAUAGCAUUAAAGUCUAAUAUUGGUUAGGUAAAAUAUUGAAGACUAGACUUCGAAAGGAAGCUAGAUUAUUGCAUGAAAGCGUUAUACAAAAAUCGUCCUUAAACCUUAUUCAUAAAAGCUAAAACCUCGUAUAAAACUAUUUUAGCUAUUGGAGUGUUUUGUUACUUUCUUUCAAAUUAAGAAUUUGUGCAAAAAAAAAAAUAAAAACACUUCAAUAACUAAAACAGGUUUAUGAGAGAUUUAACAUUUUUAUGUAUUAUAUUUUAAUGUAAGAAUACACAGAUUAACUUAUGUGUAUUUUAGACGAGAAUGCUCGACUAGUUUUGAAACCACCCCGGACCCUUAAUCGUAAGCAAAAGUAAUGCGCACGGGAGCCUGACAUAAUUAAAACAAAGCCCGAAAGUAGUCGAGCAUUUUUUACUAAAGAAAGAAAGAAAGAAAAAAUACAUAUUACUAUUUUAAUUUAAUAUUGUUCAUUACGUUGUACCGUCAAUUAUAUUUCCUGUUAUUCCUGUCUACAGUCGAUUGGUAGAUAACGCCAUAUGGUGUUUAAGUCCGCCAUUUACACUAUCUAGGUGUGUUAAAGUUUAAUAAAUAAAUAUAUAUUUUAAUUCAAGUAAACUUAGAUUUAAGAAUUUUUAUAAUAGUAAUUUAUAUUCAUUACCGCCCAUACGGGACGCAAUUUCAGCCAAGAAGAACAGGCAGGAAACUCAGCUGUUGAUUUAAAAAAAAAAACUAUACUAUAGUACUCGUAAAUUGAUCCGUGUGUUCUUAUAUUACAAUAGAAAUAGAAAAACAUGUAUUUGGUAUUUCACAUAUGAAUGCAAAUUCAAAUAAAAAAAAAAAAAUAAUUACUAACAAAAUAAGAUGUAAAUUGGUUGUUAUAGUUCUCAAGAAUAGCAACGUAUGAAGAAAUGUCAUGUGCUUUUCAUGUACAUUGUUUUAUCUAUAGGGAACGGAUAUAACUUUUCAUCAGGUAUUCGUUUUUUUUUUCUUUUUAUUAGAAACUAUUUGCUAAUUUUUUUAUUUAUCAAAUUUAUUUUAAAUAUCUGUACAUUUUGAUUCAUUAAUAAUUAUUGAGCCAUGUAAGGAUGUUAAUAUGUUUUUUGACGCUUCAAAACGCAGUGAAAUUUUAAAUUUAGAACGCGUUUUUUUUUAAAUAACCAUUACUUUUUGUAACAUAGAUAUAUAGAUACUCUUUGUUGUGCUUUCCGUUAAAAUUAUUUAAAGAUAGUAAAUUUAUCAUAAAUACAAAAAAUAUCAUACAAUACUCCUUAGAUGUAGAUGGUUGGUAAAAUCUCAGACGCCUUCAAGUUUUGUUGCUAACGGCAUUUUGUGAUAUUUUCUGUCAUUGGCUCUUAGACUAACUGGAUCCCAAUAAAUAUGAUUUAGCCCUAUACCGCUUUUCCCCGAAAGCGUAUCAGCAUAAUCUUUUUUAUUUAUUUUUCUUUUAUUUUAACACAUUGUGAUAUUUUUAAAUCCAUCCUUCGCUUAUUACAGCUUGGUUAUAUUUUUUAUGCUUUUUUUUUUGCAAUAAUUAUUUUUUUAUAACUUUCGUAUAAUUCGUUGUAUUAAUAAGGUCGUUUUAAGCAGCUUUAGUAAAUGUAUCGCAUUUAUUAAUCAAUCUUAAUGAUUUUUUUUUAUUGUUGUUUUUUUUUUUUUUUUUAUUAAUGUGUUUGUGAUACUAAUUGCGAGUGUGCUAUAGACAAUAUGCCGACAUUUUAAAUUAAUUCACAGUACAUAAACGAUUCACAGUACAUGAACGAAAAAUAUUUAGGAUUUUAUGAAGAAUUUAUGAAACUAUGACAUGACGCUCAUAAAUUAAAGAAUAUCUGACGUCACGCAUUAUCAUUUUUGUGACUUGUCACUUCAACAGAAAAUAAAUAUGGCGCCCAUAAAUUGUAAAAAAAAAAUGUGUAAAAAUGUAUUGUAAUUUUUCUGUCUUAUCACAUCAAUGUAGUAUAACUAUGGCGUUUGUAAACUAAUGAUAAAAUACGCGAAAAUGUAUUGGGAGUAUUGUGGCGUCUCAUAAUAGAAAAUUAAAAUGGAGCAUAUAUGAGUAACUGCUAAAUAAACGCGCGUAAAUGUGUCGACAUUCUUGUGGCUUGUUACGUUAGAAGAACAUAAAAAUGGAGAACAAAAACUGUUUAAAAAGUUUCGAAAAUCUGUCGGGUUAUAAGUAUUUUGAUACGACAAUUUAUUUUAAUAUUUAUUAUUUAAAGAAUCAAAAGAACAAAUCAACCUGUUGGUCAGGUUAUGAAACAUAAAAAAAUACCGGUUUUUUUAAUCAAUAAGGACAAAAUGGGAUUCAACCCGGGAAUGAUUUAAUUAAAUGGUCUAAAUAAAGAACCCCCAGCAUUUUUAUAAAAUAUAAACUUUAUUUUUAAUUGUAUGUAUGUAACUAAUACAAUAACAUUUUUUUUUUUAAUUAUAUAAGAAUGAUAAAGCAGACUAUGCGUUCACAAAACAUAUCUUUUAGAUGCAUAUUUGAUUUAAUGAAUGGCUUUAAGAAAAUAUAUAGUUUAUGGUCGGUUAUGCUUGCAUUAUCUAUGAACUCUGUUAAGAUUUCGUCCUAAAUAAAGAAAAAAAUAUGCACCAAUAAGUGUAGGUAGAUAAUAUGUUAAAUAAAUAAAUAUAUACAUGUAAUAAAUACAAAAAAAUGUUACAAUAUCAGACAAUUAACUGUAUUAGAAGAGCAAACGACAAUCUAUGACUCUAAACAGAGUAAACAGCAAGAUUAAAGGGAAAGUGAGAAAAAAAAGAAGUUAAGAUGUAUAUAUUAUAUCAUGUGUGGCCCUUUUGCAUUCUCAAAAUGUCUUAAAAACCCAUUAAAUAAAAGAACCAUGUAUUGGCAUCAAAACAAGAAAAACUGAUGAAACCCUGUAUGCCAAACCGCCUGGCCGGCGUCGUAAUAUUCUAGAGCUUUAUAGGAAGAGACAUAAGCGGAAUGUUAUGAUUAUAUUUACGUAUUAAAUUAUUCAAUUUACAACGUCUCAUUUGAAGUCUCCACAGUAAACGGACAGCUUCAAAGUCUAAAUUGAUUUGCGUGUACGGCAGAUACUUGCUUAUUUAAUCUAUAAAAUAAAACGUUCCCGUCACGCACUAUAAACACAUAAACACUUCAAAUGAUAUAAAAUGAAAAUCAUUUCGUAAUUUGUCGGCAUUCUGCUUAUUAUGAUCCAAAAUAUUCAUGUACUACGCCUAAUUGUUUGAUGACAACACUGCGGAUAGUGUAUUGGGUUAGAAAAGGACAGAAAAUCUUUCCGUAACGACUAUCGCGUGAUAACCGACCAAUCGGAAACAUGUAAAUUCAAUAAUGGAUUUCAAUUGGCUCAUCGCUUAUUACGUAUUUCUAUAUUUACAAAUAUCUGUGUAUUUGUAAAUCAAGUUUUUAUCUACUUAGUUUUUUUUUUUUAUAAUUUUUUUAAAUUGGUAAGAUCUGGUAAUAUGCAUAUUUAGAUAUCAAUUUGGCCAAUACUGGUAUGGUUAUAGUAUAAUAUUUCUUCCAUAUAAAAGACAAAUAGAGUAAAUAAACAAAAUAAUUAAAUAUGUUCACGACUGUAAUCCGUUAUGGGGUAGCAUCAAAUGUUAGUUUAAAUAAUAAAUUUAUUGUAUUUAAAUGUAACGGACAUAUUUUUAGUAUUGCUGAUUUGUUUAAUUGUCCCAAAAAUUUAUUUGUAUACCGGUUCCGUUAAAUACUAGUGGAAAGGUCCAAAUUGUGUUUAAUUGACAUAAAGUAUCCAAUUUAUUUCUAUAUAUUUUUUUAAUCUAUGCUAUCGUUUCUCAAUCUUCAAGUGUUGCCACUAAAAACUCAAAGAGUUAAAAAAAUUUAUUACCCCCUGCAAUAUAUAAUAUGUCUGUUAUUACCGAAACAUUGCUUAUUUGUAAUGAUAAGCUAUGAAUUGAAAACAAAGAUAUAGAAAAUUAAAUGUCAUUAUAUAUUAUUUAUUUUGUAAUUAUUAAUUUAAAUGUGUAAAAUUUACCAAAUUUUCUGACACUUGUUUUUUUUUUCAAUGAAAAACUUUUGUCGAUAUUUUCCAUACAAAUCUUUUUUACUGGAUACGUUACCUCUUUUAAUAUUGAAUUUGACGCCCUGACUCGUUUACAAAUCGUGCCCACAGAUUGAGAAACGAUAGCUAUGGGUAAGUUAAAUAUAGUAGAAUUUAAACUAUAUCAAUUAUACAAUAAAAAUGUAGUGACAUAAAUAUGUAUAUGUAGUGUUAAGAAACGUGACGUUCUUCCAAUUUUUAGGUACUAAUAAAAUCUUUAUAUGUAUAUAAGCUUCAAGAAAUUUGUAUAAAUGUAUAUAUACGAUAACAGGUUAUGACCCAGUCAUAGACAAUGUUUUAUUCAGUUAUGGGCCAACUUUGUUAUGUUACUUCCGUGUAACUUUAGUUGACUUGAAACUAAAUAAUGUAAUAAACUAGUUGUAAUAAAAAAGUAUACUUAAUUUUCUUUAUGUUAAAGAUUUUAGUCGUAGGUAUUUUUUUUUUAUAAAGUUAAUAAAUUUACUCGUUGAAAUAGUAAUAAAAAGAUGCAUUUGUAAAUUAGUGAAAAUGUUAACUUAUAAUAAGGUAAUAUAAAAGUAAUAUUAUGUACUUACUUAAUUUCAAGUGACAUGUUCAAAUGACCUCGAGCUUAGAAUCUUUUAUAAAUUUAUCGUCGAUACUUAAAUUAUUGUUUUUUUUUUUAUUAUUUAAAUUAUAUAGUACAUAAUGUCACUAGUUAAACGUACAAUUUAUGUACUUAAAUACAUUGCAAUAAAUUAACCCGAAAAUUGUACAUCAUAUAUUAAUAUUAUUUAGAAUAUCCGCUUAUAGCCGAUCAGUUAGUGAAAUUUGUUUUUUUUUAUAUAAAUAAUAAAAAUGA